AUGGACAUGACCGACCUAUCUCCCAUAAUGGACGAAAAGAACCUCAUGUUCGGGCAACACCCGGGUAUGUACAAGAUGGAGCCUGGCUGGCACACGCCUACAAGCAUGGACUCGGGGGCCAUGAGCAGAAAUCCAUCAAUCUCUUCCGGGCUUGCCAUGCUCGGCGUCGACGAUGCAACCCCAAGAGAUCAAGAUCCGACAGCAGAUAUGUACGGAGGCGGAAUGCCCUGGACACCACCCACCGACUUCUCUGCUGCUCCAUAUCCAGACAUGACGAUGUCCACCGCACACAUGGCCACCCACCACGGCCGCUCGCAGUCCAUGGAUAUGGCCAUGGCAGCUCACAUGACGCCCUGGGGAGACCCAACGCAGCAUGACAUGAUGGCAUAUACGGCUAUGCAGAACCCGAGCAACAUGGCGGCCGCUGCAUACUUCCCGAGUCCCUCAACAACACCAAACAUGCGACCAGCCGUCAGACACAAGUCUUCAUCGUCAGGAGGUGGAGGCUCUUGCACUUGUUUCACGGUGCUGCUGCAGUCUCUCCAGGCCUUGCAUAACGCCUCGUCUCCCCAGGCGCCACCUUUCGACCUCGUCCUCUCUCUCAACCGCAAGGCUGUCGAGGGAUGCGCCGCUAUGCUCUCCUGCAACAGGUGCAUGAGCCGCUCCGGCACUCACACGGCCGCGAUGCUGCUGGCGACCGUGAUUGGCAAGAUCACGAGCUUUUACAAGAACGCAACGCACACCUACUUUGAAAACGGCAUGGUGCCCGCGGUCAACCAGCUCAGCCCCGGGGGCGGGCUCGGCGUCAGUCUAGGCGCCUACACGCUGGGCGGCGAGGAUGGCAGGUGGCUCGAGCUGGAAAUCCUGAACCGCGAGCUUCGCAAGCUGGAGGAGGUUUACGCGCAGUUCCGGGAGGUCUGCGCUGAUCUUUCAGAGGAUCCUGAAGUAAGCAAGGCCAUGAUUGGCUACCUCGGCCACAACCUUGGCACGACGCUCGAGGUCGUCAGUCAUCGCAAGGGCGACAUGAGCUAUGCUUAG